AUGCCCAAACACACUAAUCCCAUCCUAGGUGAGGAGAACUUUCACAUCAUGGACAUGGAAGGCCUUUCUUAUCUGCGCAGGUUUGUUCACAUGCGAGUGGUCAGAGGCUGGGACUGGUCAACACGCAGAAGGCGCAGUCAGUGCGAUAGAUGUGACAUAGAUACACAUGCAUACAUAUGGAGACACUCACAGCUGGCAGUAGAUGAGAAGCCAUUGUUUCAGGAAGAUGAGGAAACCAGCGUCUUCCUGCUUUUAUUCUUACUCUGUUCCUGUGUGUGUGUGUUUCCAGACGACACAGUGAGGUCAGAGAGCAGCUCGACAUCAGACUCAACAGGACACGACAAUGAUGACGGUGUGUCUCAGUGUCGCCCCCUGCUGGUUUCUUCUGGGUCUCCGGUGGAGGUUUUCUAUCAGAACAGAACCAGGAGGAACUCCGUGCACAGAACUGAGCAUCUGGACAGCCAGAAGCCCCUCCCACUGCCUCCCUCACAACCUCCUCCCCCUCCCCCUCGCUCUCAGGACUCCUCUUCCUCUGGCCCGUCUGACCCUGGAGCAGGAGGGGAGGUAGGACUCAAGGCUAAUGCAGCUCGCCGUAGUAACAGCUCUGAUGGCCUCCUGGACCGCAUCACCCCUCCUGAGGAUGAUGUUGGGGUGCAGCAGGGGGGAUUGUGGGUAAACGGGCUGCCGGGGUCCAGAGGAACAAGCACAGCCGGCGCGUAUUGGAACUCGGAGACGCUGACAGACGGACGGUCGAGGGCAAAUAAUGGAGUCAGCGAUGGGAGAGGAAAAGGGGGAGGUGCAGGGCGAGGAAGGGGAGGAGGAAGGGGAGACAGAGGAGGAAGAGGAGCGGGGUACAGCGAUGUCCUGCUGGACUAUGUUUGGGGAAAACAGCAGCAGCUGCAGAGACAGCAUUCUCAGCCCCACAGACAGCCAAUCACAUCGCAGCAGCAGGUAGUCUACAAUGGCUACUCCCAGCAGCCAUCAGGAGCCCCGCCCACCUACCGCGGCCCCCAAGGCGACCAGCGGCGGGUCACGGUAACCCGAACCAAAUCGUGCGGUCCGUUCCUCCCGGUGCAGCAGAGCCAGACUGAUACCCACAAUCCCCCUCUGGUCGCCAUUCAGCCCGACCCCCACCCCCACCUGCUGCCGCCCCGACCCCCUCAGCUGCCCCCCAACCAGGACUCCCAACUGGAGGAGGCCACCAGGAGCCUCCACAAGGCCCUCGCCCUGGAAGGUCUGAGGGACUGGUACCUAAGGAACACCUUAGGCUCCUCCCACCAGAACCAGGCCAAUGGAAAGGUGACCGCAGGGACCAACGGCAGUAAGAUGAAUGGAGGGGUCAAAGGUCAGGCGGGAGGAGGCGGGGCUCUGCAGCGGAGACGGACGACACACGGUGUCAUUCAGCAAUCGGCCUAUCAGACGGAGACGAAUCAUCAUCAUCACGCUGCGCCGCAUCACAAACACACGCUGCCGCAUUCAGCCACGUUCCACGGACACCCGCUGCACGGCAGGUCUGUGGAUGGCUCGCUCUACCACGACUCGUUUCCUGCUCAUAAACAGGAAGUCCCUCUCAGAGAUCCGCCGAUGGACCAACCGUCUCCUGGGACUCUGGUCUGACUCAGCAACCAAUCACGAUGCUGAGAGGCAGGCAAAGGGACUAAUUCCAGGCUGGCUUCCUGGGAUGAGCAGUAUGAAGGAAUGCGUGUCCAGGUGUCUGAAUCAAACACACCUUGGUACUGAUGAAUGGAAGUUCCUGAUCGUACAGGAUGGAAAACCCCGCCCGCCUCGUCCUCGUCUGCCCUCAGGGUCGAGCUUCUGUUUGUAAAAAUGAACCAAACCCCAGACCAGGUCCAAGGAGGGAGGAGGUCCAACCCUCCUCCCUCCUUGGACCUGCUCCUCGCUGCUCGGGUCACUGCUGCUCUGCUCGGUGAACUUCUUCUAUCAGGGAUGGACUUUAAGUCAACAGCUGCUUUUCCACCAAACUCUCCAGAAACAUCAGUUCUACUAGGAACUAAUGACAGGAAAAAGUUCCUGCAGCAAUCUGUGUUGCAAAGAAGAAGAUUGAGCGAUUUCCUCUGACAGUUGUCCCCUGCAGGCAUUAAAGUCUGGAUUCAGAAAGUAAUCUGUCUCGUUCUGCUUCGCCCUGAUUACUGCCACCAAAAGUGUCAUCUGCUGUGGAAGAUGCUACAUUUCUGGACUAAUUAGUGAUGUUCACAUGCACGACCUGCCCUGAGAUUUCUCAAACUAUCCUAACGGCUACUUCACACUGAGGGAUUUUAGUUUCUAACAUGUAAGCGACGUAAAUGGUCGUGGCCAAAUCUUUGGUUCUCUUCGCUCAAUGGAGUCGCAGUUCUCAGAGAAAUGAACUCAGCCCGAUGAUCAGUGGCCAAAAGCAGCCGUAACUGUUCAGAAAGGAAGGUCCGGGUUCCUACGGUGGCAUCAGACUGAUGCUGAAACACCAGCCACAUGCUGUACGCGUCUUUUCCAAAUACAUUUUAAGAUUUAUUGUUAAAAGCUGCAGAUGGACGAGCCGAAGACGAUUCUCUGCUUUUGUGGAAGUCGUUAUUUCUCAGGCGUUCAGAUUGAAGAUGGAGAUACGGCGUCUCUCACAGGUUCCUGUUUCUGGGAUAGCUAGAACAAAGACUUCUGGAGUCCUUUCAGAGAUGCAGCCAUUUUCUGAAAGGUUUUAGAUUAAAGCAGAAACUGAACAAGGUGUCCGUGGCUCUGUUUCUACACCCUUCAGACUGUGCUUAGACAAUCAGACUCUCAAAACACCAACGAGGAGGACGUACCUCCUCUGAAGACAGAUGACAUCACCAGCUACCUGCAGCCAACCAGCAAAGCGCAAAAAGAACUUUUUGGUGACUUGAUCAGGUGACCUGUCGAUCCCUCAGGUGAGUCCAGGCAGGGAGCGUCGCGGUGAGGUUCUCCCGGUUUGGACUCAACAUCUCUGCACUAAAACUCGAGCACAGAGUUUACUGACACCAGCUGAACUGUCGCUGCGGCUGUUUGUGGCUUUAAGCAGCUGCAGAGCCCUCGAGUAGAAACCAAACGUGAACAGAAUAAAUCCUCUGAAGUAAACGGAGCUUCCCACCUCACUGCUGCAGAGGGACUCACAGAAGCUGACGUACUCACGAGCCUUUCCUCCGAAAAGGGAAAUAUUUUCUGUACGCGUUAUCUGACAACUUUAGAUACUUGGAAACGAGGAUGCUUGCAAACGGGACACUUUAAAAGCCGAUACAAACUGCUGAAAGGUUCAUUUGGUUUCUGAACACUCGACUUUUUAACCGAGUCGAAGGAUUUGAAAUGUGAAUAUCUGACACUUUGCAUUUUAGUAAUUCACUUCUAAUCAUUUUAAGGUUUGGAUAGUUUGUUGGUUUCCACUGCAGGAACACCGGAGAGGUUUUAUGGUUAAGUUUUUACAUUUAGCAGCACUUUGCAGUGAGAAAUUACAAACGCAGAAAGUUUCUUUUUAUUUUAACCCCUGGCAGCUGUUUCUUAUCAAAGAGCCAGUUUCACACAUGCAACUCACACAGCUUUACUAUGACUUCAGCGCAUGUUCAGCUCAGUCAGAUCACAGAUAAACCAGUAUUUAAUUCCCGAGUGCAAAGUCGACGCUUUAGCCGAUGCAUGAAUUCUGGUGCAUCGUGGCCUCCGAGCUGCCCAUUCCAGGCAGUUUAACCCCAGAGAGUAAUUUACAUCAUCCUGCUUUGUCCCCAAAUGUGACAAAGGAAACUUAAACUCUUGUAGUCUGAACCUAGAAUUUGAACGACUAGCACAUAUUUUGUCAGAACCACACCUGGAAGACUCCUUUCAGGGCAAAACAAAGGCACAUGGUCGGUAAACGCGUCCUUUAGGGAAUGUGCUUGAGAUGGCCCACAAUGAGUGGGGCUCUAUGGCGCUCUUCCACAGGUCACUGAUUCGGUUUAGAGGAUCCUUUUUAGAAAUGUUAAAGGUGAAGUCUUCAGUUUAUCAUUAGACAUCAGUAGAACACCAAGACAUCACAAGAAUCCCCUCAAAAUGUUCAACUACUGUUCCUAUAAAAAGCAAAAGACACUAAUUAAGUUUGGCUGCCAUCCCCUUUGGUGAAGGCUUCUCUCAUUUGUUUCCAAUACUCUUUUCUAUGGAGCUGAAACUUUGGAUUGUGGUAAAAUAUCUUUUUUUAGUUAUUAGGUGUUCGGCAGCCUCCUGAGAUGAGUCGCCUUCAUGCACCACAAACAGCUGCUUCUAGAUUUUCAUAAGGUCUUAACAGACCAGUUGGCACACAUUAGCAGAGUGACAGCUGAGAAAGUUGUUUGCAUUUGUGAAAAUUACAGAAGAAGAGUUAAUAAAUAUUUAAGCAAUUUGGCUCCGGGGACUCCCAUUCAUUGAGGGUUUUGCAUUAACAGGAAGUGUAAAGGCUCUUUGUUGAAUGAGGCACCAAUUCAAGGAAAAUACCCCACAGCUACCCGUAGUUCCUGCACUGGAAACCCCUCCCCAGUUUUUGUUGUUCAUGUUUUUUUAAACAGUAAAUCCAGAUUAUGAUCAGCAGAUGAAUCCAUAAUGAAACAGGCAUCAGCUGCGACACAGUUUAUUCUCGCAGAAAGACGAAAAUAGUCACAUCUAAGGGAACCAGGAGUUGUUUGAUCAGACACUCGAUUGAUUAAGAGUGAUCGCUUUGGAGGUUUCUGUAUUUGUGGUUUAAAUGAGAUCCAGAUGUGGAGAAACAGCAUCAGCAGCUGGAAAGCUGCAAGAACCACUCAGACCUUCUGCCCCAUUCGGAGCCCUCAGUGAAGCCAUUGUCCUGCUGAGCUGACCGGGACUCCAAGUCCAGGACGACUGAAGCAAUAAGAGGAGCUGUUCCAAGUUUCCCUUUGCAAAUUUUAUCGCUCUUUCAGGAAAAAAACAAAAAAAGCAUUUGCAGCGACAAUCAGGAAAUGUCACAGUCGUCACAGUAGUGACUGUUUAAUCGAUGAAUUUGAAUUUAUUCUGUUUUUUUCUUUUGUUUUUUUGGUACUCUGCUCCAGAAAAAAGAUUUUAUAAAAAUGCCCGUGAAUGAAAUGCAGCUUUUUCAGCGCUGUGAAGUCAGUGUUAUUAAUCCAUAAGUUAUUGAUCAGGAUCUGUGUCCACACGUUCCUACUGUCUGUAUUUAUUGAUUGUCUUUCAGCGUGCGGUUGUCUUCAUAAGCUGCAGCUUUGCCUGACCCUGUCCCAGCUUUGUAUUUUUAAAUUCAGCUUCACUGAAACCGGCCUGACCUCCAGCUUCCCCCACAAUGAAGCCGCGGUCACAUGACCCAAUAUGACGACAAACUCAGACCAAGUCGGUAGAUCAGACUGAGACUUGAGAGGUUACGAUACAUCAAAGAAAGUUUCUCAGGUCACAGAUUCACUUUAGAAGAAGAUUUUAAGACAUUUUAAAGGUGAAAACAUCAGAUUUGUGUUCUAUCACAAAAGCAAAAAUCAUAUCUGAUUUAAGUUUGGCUGUCGUCCCCGUUAAUGUAGGCUUCUCCCAUUUAGCACUAUCCUGUUUCCAGCGCUCUUCUGUUGAUUUCAGUGUGGAUCUCAAACUUGCUCAGAGAGCAAACGUCAACUUUAAUUUUGAGGAUCGAGAGAGCUGGAUCUCCAGUUUUCACACAUGACCUGUAGCCCAGAACUGUUCCAGGACUUACCCAAAUACAUAAAGUGGUCUUUAAUCUGCUCCAGCUCUUGGAUGUCUGGUGUCAUGUAGGAGAGCCAUCUUUGAGACAGUCCAGAGUGAUUUGGUGCCUUAUGAAGCUGAAGCUUCAGGCUAUUUUCUAACACUGUUUAAUCAGACAUGAAUGAGUAUUUAACCUGCCAGCUGCUUAGGAAAAGUCAUCGAUAAUGGGUUGUGGGUAUGGCUGAAUAGACCAACUAACAGUAGGGUGCAUUCACCACGAGACUAAAUCUAUUUCCAGCAGUGUAAGAAGUUUAAAGUCCAAAUAGUGUCUUUACUGGAAGAGCCCACAGCGUUAGGAGGAUGAGCUACGCCUGGUUUUCUUUAAAAACUAACAGGCCUGCCCAUAUUCUCUCCAGUCUCCAAGGAUCAUAUUUUAUCAAGCGUUGUUGAGGGAGAACAUUCAAUGGAAACCAAAUGAAUUUAAGGAAUUCAGCAGCAGGUGAUUCGGGAGAGACUGGGAAUGUUGUAUUGACCUGGGAGUGGGUAAUGGCCAAAUCCAAAUCAGGGCCAUUUGUUUGCAUCUUUUAGGCACGUUUGCAAAACGUUUCAGUCAUAUUUUGCGUAAGCAUCGCCGACCUCCAGAGAUCCAGGCAGGGUGUUGGAUAGUUUUAUUUUUCUGUCUGGUCAUGUGACCCUCCGGCUUCAGAAAGUCUCAGCAUGCCCCUCUCCUCACUCCACGCUCACACCAAAGCAGAAACAUGUGAAGAUACGAUGUAAAUACAGGACGCGUGUUCACGACUGUUCGAGCUGCCGUACUGCUCUACCUGUACAUAAUACUGCAGCGCCACUAAACAUACUGCAUUACUGCAGUACCAGGAUAUAAUGGUGUGGUACCAGUCUGAAUAUUUGUCACAUUCUGUACUCUCCAGUACCAGUAUUAGCUUGAGUGCAGUGCUGUACUCCUGCUGUAGUACUGGUAAUGUGCAGUGCUAGUAUUCAGGGACCAGGACUGCAGACGUGCUGAUGUCCAGGUUCAGUGGAGCCUCUCUCAACCAAACCCUGUACAGUAUUUUGAUGAUUUAACAUUUCUUUCUUUCUGUGUCUCAGUAUGAGAGAAAAUUUCCUCCAGCUGAGUUAAGUACUUGGAUUUUUAGGUUAAAGCUCUGUUUCCUGUACUGCUGAAGUUGUACUAGUCUCCAGUACAGCUCUUUGCUCUGGGGCCUCCUGCUGCCAUUCUGCGUCCCAGUUCAGGUCCAGGACCAGCUGUAGUACCACUGUGUGGACUGUGGCUCUGCUACGAUGCAUUCAGGUGCACUGUGUACAGUCUGUUUUUUCUGCUGUACAGUAACUCUGUUUAAAAAAAGGUUUUCUAUUGGUCGUUUGUACUUUUUCCACUCUGAACUCUUUCUGAUGUUUCAUGAUGGAAAUGAAGCUUGGUGUAAAUAAAGCCUGAGGCUGUCAGCAGGUGCUUUUUAAAUAAAGAUUUCUCUUCCUUUA